CCUCAUUGUACAGGAGAGUGGCGCCUAGUCCGAGAGGUUUGUGUGGUCAUAGAUUACAUGAUGAGUGCCUCAACUCCGAGUGGUUUUGAUCGCUUUAUGACAAUUUUCUCACCCGAGGGGCGACUUUAUCAAGUAGAAUAUACUUUUAAGGCUAUCAGUCUUGAUGGUCACUUAUCCGUGGGUGUGCGCGGCAACGACUGCGCGGUUGUUGCUGCCCAACUGAAGCUUCCAGAUAAAUUAAUCGACCGAAGGUCUAUGACACGCAUAUUUCGUCUUACAGAUUCUACUGGGUGCAUCAUGACUGGUAUGGCACCAGACUGUCGCGCCCAAGUACAACGAGCCAGAUAUGAGGCUGCAACAUUCAAACACAAGUUUGGUUAUGAGGUCCCCUGUGACGUGCUGUUACACAGAAUCGGUGAAAUCAACCAAGUAUAUACACAAUCCGCCGAAAUGAGACCACUUGGUUGUGCCAUGUUGGCUAUUUCUUAUGAUGAAGAACUCGGGAAACCUCAACUAUACAAAUCUGAUCCUAGUGGAUUUGUUGCUGGACACCGAGCGGUCGCUGUUGGUGACAAGCAAACCGAAGCUAUGCGUCAUUUGGAAAAUGAGGUAUACCCAUUUUCUACAGGUCAAUAUCCCUGUGGUUCAUAUAUUUAGUGUGACAACCUUCCAAACUUAUAUUUCAUGUUAGAUGUUAAGUAAAUUAAGUCUUUAUUGUUAAAGACGGCUGCUUUCGUUCAUCAUCUCGUAAUAACAACUUGCUAAGUACAUGUAGAUCGUAUAAAUCGGCAUGAAACCACCCACUAAGCGUGUCUAACCAGUUUUUGCUCCAAGUAUACAAAAAUAUAUUAGAUACUCUUAAUUGUUGUAAGCUUGUUAUUUAUUUUGUACUAUUUUGAUGCAAGUAUGAGUAUGUUUCAUCCACCUAAGCCACGUGAAUCAUACAGAUCAGUGCCACAGGAUAUUAAAAAAUCCAUAGUUUAUUUAGUAUUCAGUAGCACGAACAUGAUUUCUUACCAUAAUAUUCUAAGCCCUCGAAUAAUUGCUGUGUCAAUCCAAGCGCGUGAAAAAUGUCCGUCUGCUGGUGUUUAUUAGUUAACAAUCGAAUCGAAAUUAGCGACCAGGGCUUUAUUUCGAGUUUUAUUGCUGAUGCCAGCCAGUUACAGUCGUGGUACGUCACUCUCAAGAUUUCUUGGCAAAUACUUGUUUGAGAUGUUAAGCUAUAAAAUUUUGAGUUAUUUACAGAUAUUAUGACGUUACCUGUAUUCAGCUUCUUUUUAGGAGUUUCGGAAAGGUCGACGAGACUAAAGAUUGAGGGAUUUUGAGAAGGCUGGUCGUAUAGUCAAGUCUAAUCUCCUAAUCCAAGUGCUUGUCCUAUAUUACGUGUCUUUCAGUUUCGAAAGCAAGAAAACUACACUUUAGAGGAGGCUAUCGAACUAGCCAUUAGUUGUCUUUCACAUACUCAUUCCAUGGAUUUUAAAGCCACAGAAUUGGAAAUUGCAGUCGUGUCAAAGGCAGAUCCUAUCUUCAGGAAAUUAACGGUUGAAGAAAUCGAUGCUCAUCUCGUAAGGAUGUCUGAAAAGGAUUAAUUAUAUGAAAAGUGUCUAUUUUGUUUUAAAUAUAUUUUUCACUUGAAUGUUUAACGUUGUAACCAAUAUUAG